CCCGAGUCUUGAACGUGUCCUCUGAAUACCUGCUGCGUGGACACAUGGACAUGCCGCUGCCGUGCAACGAUUUGUUUAAACUUCCAGAAACUCAACUUUAAAAAAAACCCAAACAAACAAACAAACAAACACACACACUGUGUCCCCCGUGAUGACUUCACAUCCUGUUUUCCCCACUUCCUUCUGAAUGAUCGGCGUGGACUGGGACCGUCCUGUCUCCACGCACCGUGUGCCGCGAUCGCACGCUGUCAGAUCUGGGGGCACCGUGGAGUUUUUCCAAAGCGACGAUCCGGACUCACAAGCAUGCAGCGGCUGAUUUGUUGACACAGAAGAAAGGAGGCGUCGAUGUUAGGUUGACAAAAUGAAGACAAGAGAAGAUGUAAAAAUAAUCAACCAGGGUCUGGACGGUGAGAUGGAAGUCAGCGGCUACCGCCCCUGUCUGUGGAAGCUGGUCCUGGUUGGGGUGGGUGCAGUUUGCUCUGGGGGUCUCCUCCUCCUGCUGCUCUACUGGCUGCCUGAGUGGGGCGUCAAGGGGACUUGCACACACACGUCUCUGAGUGAUGCACACACCCUGCUGCUCAGAACCAAGGAUGAGUUCAGGCAGUGGUUUCGAGUCAGAGUCCACAGAAUGCUGGCUCCAGGCAGGAAGCCCUUUGACGAUUUGGAUGUAAAACCCAGAAGUCAGCUCGCAAACGGAAACUUCGGUCACCAGGUCUGCUCUGUUCAAGAUGAACAGCUUCCCCAGGAGCAGCAGGUUCAGAUACAAUACUUCACACACCACAGCUUUAGAUACUACUGGAAUGAUGCCAUCCAGAACUUUGCAUUCUAUCAAGGCCUGGAGGAUGUGAAGGAGAGCUGUGCCCACAUCCACUCCGAACACAGCCGUGGGCUGACCAAAGCACUGCAGGACUACAGGAGGUUGUUUUUCGGGGAGAAUGAGAUCGCUGUGAGAGUCCCCUCUCUGUUCAAGCUUCUCAUCAAGGAGGUGCUGAAUCCUUUCUACAUCUUCCAGCUCUUCAGUGUUGUUCUGUGGACCGCCGAAGACUACUACUAUUACGCCACAGCCAUCGUUUUCAUGUCGGUCAUAUCCAUAGCUACCUCACUGUACACCAUUAGGAAGCAAUACGUGAUGCUGCACGACAUGGUGGCGUCUCACAGCGUGGUGCGAGUGUCGGUUUGCAGAGGAGACAAAGACACAGAACAGGCCAUGUCGACGGAGCUCGUGCCCGGUGAUGUCAUCGCCAUCCCGGCCAAUGGGAUGGUGAUGCCGUGUGACGCCGUGCUUUUCCAAGGGACCUGCGUUGUGAACGAGAGCAUGCUGACAGGCGAAAGCGUUCCAGUGACCAAAACCAGUCUGCCCAGUUCGGGCGACGAGGCGGCGAGGAGAUACAGCAUGGAGGAACACAAGAGACACACGCUGUUCUGUGGAACCGACGUCAUCCAGACCCGAUUCUACGCUGGCGAGCUGGUGAAGGCCGUGGUGAUCCGAACAGGCUUCAGUACAGAGAAGGGCCAGCUGGUGCGCUCCAUUCUCCACCCUAAGCCCACAGACUUCAGGCUGUACCGGGACGCCUACCUCUUUCUGCUGUGUCUGGUCGGCGUGGCGGGCAUCGGCUUCGUCUACACCAUCGUCCUCAGCAUCAUGAACAAGGUUCCAGCUAAAACCAUCAUCAUUGAGUCUCUGGACAUCAUCACCAUCACCAUUCCACCGGCCUUACCGGCGGCCAUGACAGCCGGCAUCGUGUACGCACAGCGGCGUCUGAAGCGCAUCGGCAUCUUUUGCAUCAGUCCUCAGAGGAUCAACAUGUGCGGCCAGCUUAACCUGGUCUGCUUUGACAAGACUGGCACCCUCACUGAGGAUGGAUUGGACCUGUGGGGCAUCCAUAGAGCAGAACAUGGCAGCUUUGUAGCUCCGGAGCCGGGCCCAGCCGAGGAGCGCUUGGUGAAGAGCGCCUUCGUGGCCUGCAUGGCAACGUGUCACUCUCUCACCAAAAUAGAGGGAGAGCUCUCCGGAGACCCUUUAGAUCUGAAGAUGUUUGCCUCCACAGGCUGGAUCUUAGAGGAGCCAACAGAAGAAGAAACUGCUCUUCACAAUCCGCUGAUGCCAACAGUGGUCCGACCUCCAAAGCGAGCCAUCACUGGAGACGGUCAGAGCCAGUCACAAGUCCAGAACAUGUCCUGUGAGUUGGGCAUAGUGCGACAGUUCCCCUUCUCCUCGGUGCUGCAGAGGAUGAGCGUGGUGGUCAGGAGGCUUGGGGACAAACACAUGGAAGCCUUCCUGAAGGGGGCACCGGAGGUCGUGGCUGGCCUAUGCAAACCACACUCAGUCCCACAGAGUUUCACUGAGACUCUGGAGAGCUACACCAGGCAGGGCUUCAGGGUGAUUGCACUGGCACACCGACAGCUGGAGUCCAAACUGUCCUGGCACAAAGUCCAGACGCUCAGCAGAGAUCUGAUAGAGACCAACAUGGAGUUCCUCGGGUUGAUUGUCAUGCAGAACAAAAUCAAACAGGAGACGGCUGGCGUUCUGACUGAGCUCCGGAGGGCUAACAUCCGCACUCUGAUGGUCACAGGGGACAACAUGCUGACAGCUGUCUCUGUGGCUCGAGACUGCGGCAUGGUCCGUCCACACGAGAACGUCAUUGUCGCUGACGCUGCGCCCCCCAGAGACUCACUCCCCCCCUGCAUCACGUGGCGUUAUGUGGACAAACCCGCUCAGACCGCCAGCGAUGAUCAGACUGCACAGAUCCUCGUGGAGGAGGAGAUGUAUCACUUCGCUCUGAACGGUAGAGCCUUUGCUGUUAUCACAGAACACUUUCCUCAGCUAAUACAGAAGCUCGCGCUAAGAGCCACCGUGUUCGCACGCAUGGCGCCAGACCAGAAGACCCAGCUGGUGGAGGUCCUGCAGGGCAUUGACUACAUUGUUGGAAUGUGUGGCGACGGCGCCAAUGACUGUGGGGCCCUGAAGAGAGCACACAGUGGGAUUUCUCUGUCUGAGCUGGAGGCGUCGAUCGCCUCUCCCUUCACUUCCUCCACCUCCAACAUCUCCUGUGUCCCCAACCUCAUCAGGGAGGGACGAGCCGCCCUCAUCACGUCGUUCUGCGUCUUUAAGUUCAUGGCUCUCUACAGCAUCAUCCAGUACAUCAGUGUCAUUUUGCUUUACUGGAUCCUCAGCAACUUGGGAGACUUCCAGUUUCUCUUCAUUGACCUCGUCAUCAUUCUCAUCAUUGCCUUCACAAGUGAGAUCCAGCUGAACGGGUUGUCAGUCACCGGAGGUCAUUCUGCUGAUGCCUGUGUGUGUGUGUGUGUGUAUGUAUGUGUGUUUUCUUUUUUGUUUGGCCUGUCUUCAGUGAGUCUGAACCCAGCGUGGAAGGAUCUGGUGAGGCAGCGUCCUCCGUCCAGUCUUAUCUCGGGCUCGCUGCUCUGCUCGGUUCUGACCCAGAUCCUCACCUGCCUGGCCUUCCAGGUCUUGGCUUUCUACUUGGUGCAGCAGCAGAGCUGGUACGAGACGUGGACGCCUCAGUCAGACGCCUGUAACGUCUCCCGACCCAGCAGCUUCUCCGACCGCCGGAACGGAACGACCUCUCACGACCACAAAAACAUCCGCAAUUACGAGAACACGUCCCUCUUCUACGUGUCGUCCUUCCAGUAUUUAGCCGUGGCUAUAGUUUUCUCCAAGGGGAAGCCCUUCAGGCAGCCGAGUUACAAGAACUGGCCGUUCAUGCUGUCCUGUGUCGGUCUCUACUCUUUUCUCCUCUUCAUCAUGCUGUCCCCCAUCUCUGCUAUCGAUAACUUUCUAGAGAUCGUGUGUGUUCCACAUGACUGGCGCGUUACUCUGGUCAUCGUUGUUGCAGCGAAUGCCGUUGUGUCUUUCAUGUUGGAGAUUUUGAUCGUUGACAUCAUCUUGUGGAGGCUUGUUUUCAGAGGAAGUCAGGGGGCAAAUGGCCCCAGAGAGUCCUCCUCUGGCGACACACCACAGGUUGCUAAUGACAGCUGGGCCGCGCUGUUCCUGUCCCGGUUGUUCUGUUGGAGGAACAAGCGGCCGAAGGUUCUGUACAGGCACCUGGCCCUGGAGCUGCAGGACGACGCCAACUGGCCCCCCAAACCCUCUACUGUCACAUAUGCUGCUGAAGCACAGCCCCACAUCUCUGCGACUCUCUGAUCCCUGCAGGAGGUGGAGCCUGACAUGUCCUACUGAUACAGACUAACACACACACACACACACACACACACACGCCCACACACACAGUCUCCUACUUGAUGUCCUUCAUUCUUACCCGCCAUAUCAAAGUGAACUAAACUCUGAAUCCUGGGUUGAGCCAGAGGGCUUUCCAUUUUUGGAGCCUUGUAUGCUAAUGCUAAUGCUCUGGAGCAACUGUCAUGAAUCAUACUUGAAUGUUCUAAUGAGUGCAGAAAUGACGAGCAUACAGUAAAAAAUGGUUUGCCCUCAUACAGAUUUCAUCUCUUUUGUUGUCACAGUUACAUGUUUCAGAUCACCAAACAGACAAAGAUAACUUGACUAAAUACAAAUUGUUCAACAGACGUAUGUAAGAGGUAAAUUACUCCUGAGCCUAAGAACUGCCUGAUCUGGGUUGCGCAAAACUUUGCCAAUAUUCCCCUAAUUAAAAAAACAAACACAAUUUUGCUAAUGCGGCGUUUCCAUUGAAUAAAAAAUGCAAAUAAAAUCACACGUGAAUAUGUUCAGGCGAUAAGUCAUUAAAAAUCAUUUCUCGCCAUCAUCCUCCAACUGCUUCCUGUUGACUUCUUCUUCAUGGUUUGUGCCGAUGGGAACAUCUGGUUGAUGAUCAUGUGACUUCUGUGAUGCAAAAAAAACAAACAUAAGUGUUUCCACUGCAGUUUUGCAAAAUAAAACAAUUUCAGCACGGCCAAAAAAAUCCCUCCACCUCACCUUAUCCCAAACCUUUCAUCGAAAAAUCAGAUUUUUUCCUACAGUGCCGGGUUUCCAUUAAGCUAAACUACUUUCAUAAUGUCAAACUGCGUAUCUAUACAGUCAAUGGAAACACAGCUUGUUUUACCUAGAGAGACAACAGCCUUCAAGAACUGCUGAUUAUUUUUUUACAUGACUGUAAAAGAGUUGUGGUUCACUCUUUACGGCAGAAUUUUUGAAUUCAGUCAAACUGGAGUGUGUACAUCAUGUACGCCCAAAGGUCAUACAUGAUGUACACUUAAAGUAAUUUUCAAUUCAGUCCAGUUUAUUUAUAAUUUACAACAUAAAAUGAUUUCAGCGAAAAUCGCCUGCAUUGUGUCAUUAACUUUACUGCAAUCCCGCAGACCGAUCAUGCAUGUAGCGAUAGUGGGCAGGAAAAACUCCCCUUUAACAGGAAGAAACGUCCAGCAGAACCAGAACCUGGCUCAGUACAAGCAGCUGUCUGCCUGUGGGUUUGAGAAGACAGAGCAGAGACACAAAACAGAAACAGGAGUAACUUCAUUGUUAAUAAAAAAAGUAAAAAUUAACAGCAGGAGAGGGAGAAGGAUUAGUUGAUGGCAGUAUUAUCUCAGCCGGCGCCGUCUUCCAAGACGGAGUCACAGCCAAACAGAACGCCAGACAGGGCGUGGCCUCUGUGGAGAGAAGAAAACGGAGAGAAAACAGACAUUUCAACGUUAAGAUUAAAUAUCAAUGAAGUUUGUUUCUCACCACUUUCUGGACUUGUUUAGAUCGGGACGUGAUGUGUUGCUUUUCGGGAUCUCUGUGUGCCUCAUGUUGUCAGACAGGUCCUGCUGUUGGCAUGUCUGCAAACAGGUCUGGAACUAACCAGGCCUGGUUGUGGUUAGUAAAACUGAACCAACCCCCCCCCCCCA